UGUCAGGAAACGUGCAUAAAUACUUCGAACGCAAGGCUUCCGAAUGGAACAUAGUAGGUUUCCUAAACGAGUGUGAGAUAGAACCAUUCGAGCGAAAGAUCGAAUGUUACAUUACAAGCCUCGAAUAUAUCGCUAACAGUGAGAAAAAUCGUAGGGGGGAAAUGGCACAGUCAUUGAUUGAUAAAUAUAAGAAGGUGAGCAAGAGAAUGGGCAAAAUGGUAUUGGAGCGCAGAUGGCCUUCGAGGUUGUCUGACGUUCAGGCAGUGUUGUUGGGGCGCAUGUUACCUUCGAGGUUACCUGCGUUCAAGGCUUCGAGCCGACCUGGCACUGGCCCCGUCGAGCGCAGAAUGGCCUUCGAGGAUGAUAAACCAGAUCGCAAACUGGCUAGAGAGUGGGAGGGUCGACGUUCACAUAAUCAUAUCCAUCUUCGUGGAAUUAUCAACGGAACGACUAUAAACAGAGGAACGGUCGGAACUAUAAAUGGAAUCGUUUCUUUAAAAAGGGAUAUUCAUGAUAAUCAGGACAACAAUAAAAUUCCAAAAAGAGUAAAAAUUAAUGAUUACUUUCCUGUACGUGAAGCCUCUCAACAUGAACGAGAUCAACCUCAAACUUCAGAAAAUCAGACCAGGACAGCCAGAGAAACCUCUCCACCAUCGAUAACUUCGAUGCACUCGUUGUAUGUGUCAUCCUCUCCCAAUUCUUCUAUUAAUGAAGAAUAUAUAAGGGCAGGAAAGAAUACUUACCGUCUUUUUUACUUUACUGGUCCUGGUGUUCUUGAGUGGCACCUGAAUGAACAUUCAAUACGAUGGAUUGUAAGCGACGUUGACAUUUCUGAGAUAUGUCUCGAGAAUCGUGCAGAAGUGAUUAAAAGAUGUGAGCCUAUGGCGGUCAUCCUAGAUGCUUUCGAGGAACUGGCUCUAAGCCAUGUGUUUGUUUUUCAGGAAGAAAGUCCCUGUGGGUUGUGUGAACAUUUUGAUGAUGAAUUAUGGGAAGACCUUUUUGUUGAGUUUCAGGAACUGUAUCCAUUUUAUUCGAUCCCGAAUAUGAUUUAUGAUUUAUUUGCAAACAUCAUUAAGAUUACAUGUGAGACGCAAAAUCGAAGAGAACGGCAAGCAGUUGCAAGAAGUUACUUGAAAUACAAGGUCACAACCGAAGAAGAAGGGGUCAUGGUGGAAAUAUUCAAAGACUUGAUUGACAAUGAACAGUCCUCAUUCAGGAGAAAUAACGCCAUUGAGGAUACCCACAUCAUUCAAAACGUCACUCCGAUAAUAAUAAGACCUUUUUUUAAGAAUAAUAGAAAAAUUGUUUUUGAUGGGGCAAACAAAAUGUCAGAGUCUUCUGCCAUUGCCCAAAGACGCUUUGAUCCGGUUCUCCUCGGUAUGAAGCCAGAUUUCACCGUUAAAACAACAAAUCCGAAAAAACAUGUUGAGUUGCUUAUUGGCGAGAUAAAACCAAAAAAGGGGGGUGCACUUGUAUCAGAAGAUCUGGUUUCCCUUGGAAAAAUGAUGAAAUGUGCUCUGGACAAAUCAAUCGAAGAUGGCGUCGAUGAUCUGGAUUUUAGAAAGGGGCUAUGUGAUGGACCUUCG